UGGCUGGGGGACUGUCCAUCCCCCUGACAUCACCCAGCAAGAUGUGCUCUCUGUGUGCCAAGCAGGGCAGGCUUAACAACGUGAGCACUUCAAAUCUGGAAAGCAGCUCCAAUACAGACUACAUGCUGGCUAAGCUGGACUCAAGCUGGGGAUAAUCAUAUGUGUGCAGUCUCCUGCUGCAGCUGCUGAUGUCUGACCCACAAGACAGACACAGGACAACGUUCGAAGAGGAGAGAGAGCAGGGGGUGGGGGGGGACGUUGGGAUUGCCUUUUGUGGCACAUUAAGAGUUAGAUCUGCUACCCAGAAAUUGUACUGUUUCACAUCACAGGAGAAUAAAAUCAGUGGAAGCAAUGAACAUGCCACCAGGCGUUGGAAACAGGGUGAGAGCCUGCCUCCACAAAGGAAUACGAUGCUAAAGACGACUUGUAAGUGGGAUAUUUACGGUGGAAUAUUUGCUCAAAGUCAAACAAUGCAGCAGGAGAAUUUUGCAGCUAUGAGAUGUUUUGCGUGUGUCAGAGGAGAGUGGAUCCUAGUGCUGCUGUUCUCUUAAUACUCUGAAACUCUGACCCAGUCUUCAGCGUGCAAGCGAUGGCAAAUUUCGGAAGUGAGGGGCAGGACCAUGAAAUGCUGUUACCCCCUUCCUGCUCUCCAACAAUGCCCAACAUCCAAGAGGAGGGACACAAACCACAGGAGCAUCCCGCUGUAUCCCAGGGCAAAGGCAUUGUUAUCCAUUUAACUUCUCCAGCAAGGUGUGGAGACUGGGAGAGUUCAGAAGGCAAGGGACUGAGCUGCUCAAUGGCUAGGGAGGACAUUGGAAUAACCACGGCAGAGGGGAAUGAAGGGACAGCAGAAGAAAGUGUUCGCAAUGGUGAGGAACACGUGAAUGUGCCGGCUUCAUCCCUCCCGUCUUCUCCUUUGAUUCCCGGCUUAUUAGGCGAAUUCCUUUUUCCAACUGUAACCUCCCCUCUGGCAUCCUCAGUGAACUCCUGUGGCUCUUCUGAAGCGAUGCCUUUGAUCAGCCUGGUCAAAUCCCUGUCCACGGAAAUCGAGUCCAAGGACACGUCUUCUCUGAGGCCGAAGCCUUUGCUGAACCUGGUCAAGUCCAUCUCCACCGAAAUUUCACGGCACGAGCCAGAGGUCACACAGUCAAAGUCGGACUCGAAGCUGAACCUGUAUCUCUGGCGGCAGUUAACCCAGCCCAAGGGGAGAAAUGGAGAUUCCAAGACCGCUCCACCAUCACCACUGCUUUCACCCACCGAGAGCAAGAUCAGUUUCUUCAAGGUGCCCGAAGUUGAAGCCAAGCUUGAAGACACCAAAAGAAAGUUCUCCGAGGCUCUCCAGGAGCCAUUGAACAUGCUAAGCAAGAUAAUUGGAGAUGAAAGUAGUGGUAGCCCCAAAUCUAAAGCAUCGCAGUCGAACACCAGUGGCACAGGCUCCUUCUGUACCCCUAAUGCUGAAGACUGCAGCAAUGAUCCCUGUAGCAAGAAUAAAAGGCCUGGCUUUGAUAAGUUCAGAAUAGAGAUGCUUAAAUCCGAAAAGCGAGAGGCCGGUAGGCCACCUCAUGCCGAGGUGUCUUCCCCAGGAAGACAUGCGAAAGGAAAACAGAGGAAACAAUGUCUGCCCUUUCCACAGGGUUAUGGGGACACCAGUAGCCCGAGGUACGAGAUCUGUUCAGAUGGAGAUGUGCUACAGGUCGUAGAAGCGGAGCCCAGUGAGGACAGUGUGUGGUGUGGACAUGAUGCUACAUGCCCCUACUCCAGUCGGGCCUUGACCCCACUCCAACCUUCUCGAAAAGUGCCAAGUAAAACUCUGAUGUGUUUUGUCACCCUGGCCUACAGCUACUUUGUAUUACCACUGCCAUCGUUCCUGUCUGGCCUCUGCAUCGGACUUGCCUGUGGAUUUAUGAUGGGCCUACUCAUCAUUUCACUGCAGACACCAAGGCUUCCACAACCCAACCGUGUAAUCCUGCUGGGUAACGAACCUCCGCAGUCGGAGAACAUAGUUAGGGAACCCAAGGAUUCCGAGACUGUCAAGGGCUGGAUGAAUGAAAUCUAUAACUACGAUCCUGAGACCUACCAUCCAUCACUGACCUUCUCAGUCUUUGUGACACUAGAGGGGACAGCACUGAGACUCUCGUACCCGAGGAGCAACAUCCCUCGGCAUGCAACCUUCACUGAAGGCAAACAUGACAUGGUGUUCAUCAGCCAUCGCUCCUGCGACCUAGCAGACAGCAAGAUAUUUCUUGUCCCACCAGGCCUGGCAAAGAAAAGAAUGUGGAAUAAGAAGUACCCCAUCUGUAUUUUCCUCAGAGAGGCUGUACCCUACAAACACAAAUGUUCUGGAGACAGAGAGGUGAAGGCAGACGGGGACACUGAAGAGCAAAGGGAGAGGCCAGAAAGUGCACCAACAUCAGAGGGUCUCCUGAGACACUCUGCAGAAGGCGGGGAGAAUACACUCUUCCUCUUUGGAAGGACGGGAAGGGAAAAAGAAGAAUGGUUCCGAUAUUUCCUGUUGGCUUCCAGGAUGCAGUCAGAGGACAAGCAGAGCCUCAGCAGAGAUGGUGGAAAAGCUGAUAUCACCCAGAAUCCUGGCACCAGCCCUGUGGGGAGAUUGGCUUACAGCAAUGACAGCAGCAGAGGCAGUGCAGAAGAUCUCCCUUCCCUUUUCAAAACCAAAGACUUGGCAGGAAACAUCAGGCAAAAGAUUCAGCUGGACUAUAGCAGAUACAUGGCGAAGUUCACUGCCUCAGACACCAGCAGCCCUUGGCUAAGCCCUGAUCAUAGUACCACUAACAGUCCCACCAAGGGCCAGAUGCCCGGUGAUGUCCGAGUCAAUGCAGAGCCCCAGGUGUCCUGGAUAAAUGCAUUGGUUGGGAGAAUCUUCUGGGACUUCCUACGGGAAAAGUACUGGGCCGAUCAAGUUGCUCGGAAAGUUCAGAAGAAGCUAAGCAAGAUCAGGCUGCCAUAUUUUAUGAAUGAGCUGACCCUUACAGAGUUGGACAUGGGGACAUUGCUACCUGUGGUCACCCGCUCUUCAAGCCCAUCUGUCAACCAAAAAGGCCUAUGGGUGGAUCUGGAAAUUGGAUACCAUGGGGCAUUGCAGAUGACACUGGAAACCAAAAUGAACCUGUGCAAGUUGGGGAAGGAGUCGAUGCCAGAGGGGGUCAGACUGACUGACACGAGAACAGACCGGCAUAAUCCCCGGACAUUGGUGCUGGUGGACAGUGAUGAGGAAUCUUCAAGUGCUGGGUCUUCAGAUGAAGAGGACGUGCCUUCAGCAGAACCACAAGGUGUCGAGAAACUCGGUCCGCCUGGUGCAGAGGGGUUUGCAGCAGGGAGCAGCACCAGCAGAAAAAUCCUUCGCUUUGUGGAUAAGAUUGCCAAAUCGAAAUACUUUCAAAAAGCCACAGAGAAUGAAUUCAUCAAGAAGAAAAUAGAGGAGAUGUCGAACACUCCACUUCUCCUGACUGUGGAGGUUCAGGAGCUGGCAGGAGUGCUGGCUGUCAACAUUCCACCACCCCCUACCGAUCGUAUUUGUUCAUCAUUGUGGACAAGAGGUGAUUGCAAAAGGUCAAUAAUGCAAGGAAGGUACAGCUUCCGGACUCCACCCCGACUGGAAUUUAAGGUACGGCCCAAGCUGGGUGAGCGGGAAGUCACCUUCACACAUGUGACUGAGUGGAUUGAGAAGAAAUUACAACAUGAAUUCCAGAAAGUUUUCGUGAUGCCAAACAUGGACGAUAUCUAUAUUCCCAUCAUGCACUCUGGCCUUGAUAAACCAGAUCGGUCCAAGCGAACUCCAGAGGAAGUCCCCACCAAAGUCUCCUUUGAUUCUACAGACAGAUUCUAAGAACUGAUUCUUGGAAAUGGCUGAAAACUUUCAGGAAAGAUAUCUGCUACUGAAGUCUGCCAAAAAGUAUCAUCCCCAGCCACUACUUGAAAAGUACAAGUGGAAGUCCCAAGCUGACUGAACUGACUCCUUUUUAUGAUUUUGGUGCAUCUUCCUUAUCCAUGAUUUUGCUCUGUACCUGCAAAUGUUAUCUCCAAAUGGAAGCUUCCAGAUACACUGGGAGGUACCAUGUGGAGAAUUAGCACUUGCAGCAUCACAUUUAUCCUUGGUGUGGUGCAGUGGCUCAGUGGUUAGCGCUGCUGCCUCACAGCACCAGGGGCCCAGGUUUGAUUCCACCCUUGGG